CAAAGAGACAAACUGACAAACGGUAAAGAGAUAUGUAUUUUAUAACAUAUGUUUUUACUACGAGAUGUCUAUUUUAUAUCAUGUUUAUACUAAGGGAUGUCUAAUUUUGAUUAUGUUUGUACUGUUUGUAUUGUGUCUCAAAAUGUAUUUUCUCAUAGCCCCAAACAUUAGUCAAAACCCUAGACCUGGAACUGGAUCUCAUACUGGUUCUAGAUUUUGAUCUCGACCUGCACCUGUAUUAAGUAAGUAAUACAUAAUUUUUAAAAUAAGUGACGUUCUUAGGACUUAAGUCCAUGGAUAACCAAAAAAGAAAAGAAAAAAGAUAAUUUAUAGUUUACCACCUUAAAAACACAGUAGUCGGACCCUAGUGUUAUCAUUGUUGAAAAUGCAUGUAUGAUGCGACAUCAUUAUUGUAUUUGAACUUAUAUUUUGCAAUGUAACAAUAGUCUAAAAAUUAUUCCCACUGACCAAUCAUGUCAAAUGAUUAAUGUUACAAACAAGUCACAACAAAGUUUCCGAUGUAACGCCGUUUUCGUUGACUUCACUAAAAGAUCAUUUUGUUGACUAAGAGACAUCUUUGACAUGUCUGAAAAACUAACGCAAUUUGCCCCACCACCCCAUGUGAGGUUUGCCUGGGUGCCAGUUGUGUUCAGCUCAAUAAGCUCUGCCAUGUCAAGUCUGCUUGAGUGCCAAUGUGUUCAGCUCAAUAAGCUCUGCCAUGUCAAGUCUGCUUGAGUGCCAAUGUGUUCAGCUCAAUAAGCUCUGCCAUGUCAAGUCUGCUUGGGUGCCAAUGUGUUCAGCUCAAUAAGCUCUGCCAUGUCAAGUCUGCUUGGGUGCCAAUGUGUUCAGCUCAAUAAGCCCUGCCAUGUCAAGUCUGCUUGAGUGCCAAUGUGUUCAGCUCAAUAAGCUCUGCCAUGUCAAGUCUGCUUGAGUGCCAAUGUGUUCAGCUCAAUAAGCUCUGCCAUGUCACGUCUGCUUGAGUGCCAAUGUGUUCAGCUCAAUAAGCUCUGCCAUGUCACGUCUGCUUGAGUGCCAAUGUGUUCAGCUCAAUAAGCUCUGUAUUUAACCAAGUCACAAAUGCACCCCAAGUGUUGUGGCUUUGUUACCAAAUGUAAGAGCUAUUCACGUAUGUAAUCACUAUCUUUUUGUCUAAGCAGGUUUUAAAUGUUUCGCCUCCUAGUUUUGAAUCGCCCCUCUUUAAACACUUUGAACAUUAAGACCCCUGAAUGACAACAAAAUUACAAAAAUUAAAACAUUGUUCUUAUUGACAAAUUUGCUAAACUUCUUUCUGACUCAAAUUUAUUUUUAACGUUUGAUUCUUCUAUAAAUAGAGUGCUCCCCCAACACGACAAAUCUGGCCUUACUUAACUCAUAUGAAAACUUAGGGAAGACAUAUCUCCAAACACAACUUCAUUAAGGAGGUCGAUGCUACGGCUACCUGUAAAAUCGAUAUGUGCAUACUUCAUUGAAAUAGAUCAUCAGGCUGAAAACGAUGAAGUCGCCGAACUUGUUUGGAGGCAAUACAACUAUGCCGUACGUAUCGGAGGGACAGACACGUUCAAAGAGGGGUACUGGGAGUUUGAGAGGACGGGACAAAGCAUGAAAUACCUAAACUGGUGCUUUGGAGAACCUACUAACUACGUUGACGAGUAUUGCUUGGGCUACCUAUUGUCCAAGUCUUGCAUGGUUGACCUGGAGUGUUAUAAUAUAAAUAAAGACUAUUAUUUUCAAUACUUAUGUGAAUCAAAUUAAAAAGAGUAUAAAUUUAUUUUUGAAUGUUUUGGUUUAGGAUUUUUAAUCCUCAGAUCAGCAUGUCUUUGUUACCAUCAUGUCUUUGUUACAAUCGUGUCUUUGUUACAAUCAUGUCUUUCUUACAAUCAUGUCUUUGUUACAAUCAUGUCUUUUUUAUCAUCAUGUCUUUGUUACAAUCAUAGCUUUUUUAUCAUCAUGUCUUUUUUAUCAUCAUGUCUUUUUUAUCAUCAUGUCUUUGUUACAAUCAUGUCUUUGUUAUCAUCAUGUCUUCGUUAUUGCUUUUCUUUCUUAUUUGUCAAAUCUAAAUUUGUUUGAGUUCAAAACGUCAACACCAGCAGCUACUGCAGGUUUGGUCAUGAGACUAAACAGUUUACAAUAGUUUUACUGAUAUGGAAUAGUCUCUAAGAUGCUGAGACUUCUUCAAAACAAAUUAAAUUUAAUGAAACAAAAUUCUUUAAAAUAUGAAAGAUUUGAUUGUAUAGAACAUAAAUAUGUUACGUAAAAUUAUGAAAGUAUACUUGUUUUUCGCCACUUUCUAAACAUAGCUUUUGACUUAUGUCAUUGUUGAAGGUGUGAAGUGGCGAAUUUAUUUAUUUCCAAUAAACAAAUGAUUUAGAAAUUUUCAAAUAUA